AUGGAAGAUUCUAGAGCUUUUCCGUUCGCCGGAAAUUUAGACCCUCGAGCUCAAGAGUUUGUACCACUAAACCCUAUCUCCUCUCGUUUUUACUUUCCGUACACUCCUCCACCGCCGCCGCUUCAACCGCUUCCUCCGUCUUCGUACGGAUUAUCUCCGCCGGAGCCAAGAGUUUUCACGUUCUUUAAUCUCCCACCACAUCCGAUGAUGUUUUCUCCUCCUCCACCACCACCACCACCGCCGCGUCCGUGUUUUAACGGCGCUUCGGCCGCUCAACGGCUUCCUCCGACGUCAAAUUCGCCGACGCGAUCUCUUUCUCUGAUAUCCGUACCGCGUGACGUCACCGAGACGACGAUGAGACGCGACUUGGAGGUAUUCGGCGACGUGCGUGGCGUGCAAAUGGAGAGAAUCUCAGAAGGAAUCGUGACCGUCCAUUUCUACGAUCUCCGUGACGCCAAAAGAGCGGUUCGGGAGCUUUGCGGCAGACACAUGCAGCAACAAGCUAGACUCGGCGGUAACGAUAACGGCAUGAGCGUUUGGAGCUCACCGUCUUCUUCAUCGGCGCGUGGCUUUGUUUCCGGUAGACCUGUAUGGGCCCAGUUUGUAGUUCCGGCCACAAGCGCCGUUCCCGGAGGUUGUAACCAAGGAACGUUGGUGUUAUUUAACUUAGACCCUGAAGUCUCUUCCAUUGCUCUUAGACAGAUUUUCCAAGUAUACGGUCCGAUCAAAGAGUUGAGAGAGACACCGUACAAGAAACAUCAAAGAUUCGUUGAAUAUUUCGACAUAAGAGAUGCGGCGAGAGCGUUUGAUGGAAUGAAUGGUGAAGAGAUUUGUGGGAAGCAAGUUGUGAUCGAAUUUAGCCGACCAGGUGGACUUAAGAACAAGUUCAGGUCUUUUAGGCAACCGCAGCUACCGUUUCAACCGCUCCAACCACCACCAAAUCUAGCUCAUCCUUUGAGGCAGUCUGCUGCUUCUCUCAUGAAGAAUAAAAACAAGAACGUGAGCCCUAAUAAUGAAGUCGUUGAUGUUGAAGCUUCUAUGCGUUCGUUGUGUAUCGUCGAUGAUGACGGUAAUAAGACCCGAGGACCUGAAUCGGAAACAAAGAGCAAGAAUGUGGUUAAGGUGGGGAAGAAAAGACAGAUGAAGAACAUGGAACUAAGUAAGUUUCUUAUCAGUGAAGAAAUCAUGGAUGAUCCAAGUUGCAGAGAUCCACGUACCACUUUGAUGAUCAAGAACAUACCAAACAAGUACAGUCAAAAGCUGCUGUUGAAUAUGCUAGACAAUCACUGCAUUCACAUCAACGAGGCGAUCACUGAGGAAAGCAACGAACACGAGUCUCAUCAUCAGCCCUUUUCUUCUUAUGAUUUCGUGUAUCUUCCCAUGGAUUUCAACAACAAGUGCAAUGUUGGUUAUGGGUUUGUGAACAUGACAUCUCCGGAGGCAGCUUGGAGGCUUUACAAGACGUUUCAUCUUCAACGUUGGGAGGUUUUUAAUUCUCGUAAGAUUUGCCAAGUCCAAUAUGCGAGGGUUCAGGGUUUGGAGAAUCUAAAGGAACACUUUAAGAGCUCAAAGUUUCCGUGCGAGGCUGAGCUUUACCUUCCGGUGGUUUUCUCGCCUCCACGAGAUGGGAAGCAGUUAACAGAACCUGUCUCUAUCAACAUUAACGGCUGCACUAAACUCAAUACUAGUCAUCAUCUUGAGCCAAUGGACGGUCAAGAGACUCAAGACCACUAUGUGAGUGGAUCAUGUUGCGGCAGUGACCAUGAUAACAGUCAGGAAUAUGGAUUUUCCGGCAGUAGCGUAGAUGGUGGUCGCAGUAUCUCCGUAGAAGGAGAGACAUCUUUGUAAUUGUUGUUUGUAAUGCAAACCAUAAUAUAUCAUAAGUGUAAUUAAGUAGACGUAAUUUUGGUUA